AUGACUUGUCAGGGUAAGGAGGAUACUCCGUUGCCUUACACUGCCUCACCCAUGAAGUUACUCUGGAGCGACUUGUCCCUGUUUGUUUCGAAGCUAUGGGCCCUACCAGGUAUCUUACUACCCCUGCAGUUGGCUCGCACACAUGAGUUGGACGAACUCUAUCCCUCGUUACGCAACGGAGCUACCGUGUUGAUCCAUAUAUUUCUCGUGGUUUAUCAGCUUUCUUUUCUGCUCUCGUUGCCCAUCAUCCUUGUCUGUAUGGUUCCAGGGCUAUGGAUUCUUGCUUAUGCGGCUAUUGCUUUCACUAUCAAUUAUGCAAUUGUCAUGUUGAUGUUGAACGGGUUCCAGCAGGUCCUGGUAUCUCAAGUGCCUGUGGUCGAGCAACCAGGCCAUCAGCGGGAGCGUUGGCUGUAUAUAAAUGGGAUUGCAGCUGGACAUCACUGGGUACAGAUGAACAUCGAUCAACUGUCAUACACCUUUGGUCGGAAAGUGACGGGCGUGCAUAACCGCACCGCGGGCAUCGUCUUUGAUCUCAUCGAAUGUCUGAUUCAACGGGAUUUCGCUUAUGCUACUGGCGAUAUCAGGCGAUCCUAUGUCUUGAUCAAGGAAGCCCUUUUGGACCCAGAAUGUGACAAGGUGGUUCUGCUUCUUCACAGCCAAGGCGGUAUUGAAGGGGGCCUCAUCCUGGACUGGCUGCUGGAUGAGCUACCCCAUGAUCUCCUCCAUCACUUGGAGAUAUAUACCUUUGGAAAUGCCGCAAACCACUUCAACAACCCACGAUGGACAAAGCUAGCAAGGCGAGAAGGGAUCCCAGCACCUGAUCUAGUGCAUCAAUUUGGUCAAUCCGUCGGUUAUAUCGAGCAUUACGCUAAUUCAGGUGAUAUUGUGGCACUAGGAGGAGUGCUCCACUUCGUUGAGAUCCCAAAUCGAUAUAUGGGCCGGCUGUUUGUUCGCCCGAAUUCAGGCCAUCUCUUCAAUCUUCAUUACCUAGACAACAUGUUUACUCUGGGCCCUGACAUGAACGUCCUCGACUCCAAUCCAUUCAUGGAUAUGGAAGUCGAGCCAUGGACAACCGCAGGUAUAAACGGAUAUGAUGGCUCUCCGCAUCGAGUCAGAUAUCAACCUACUAUGGCCCGAGACGAGGCAUUUCUCCCGUUGCAGUAA